AUCACGGCAACUGACUAUUAGUCUGCUCUGGCGGCACUCGAGCUGCGAAGACGCCCAGAUGUCUUCGUUCUUUACGCUCCCAGCGUCGCAGAAGAAGCGAAAACGAGAUAAUCUUGCUACGGGCAAGGCGAGGAAAAGGCGGGAAGUCGAAAAUGCCGCUCGAGCACGAGAGCACCCAGACGACCAGCCCCGUCGGAAAGGGAGACAGCCUCGAGAUAGAGAUCGGCAGCGAGACGAGUCAAUAUCCGGGAGCGAAUCUGAAGACGAAAUCCGGCCAGAAAGUGAGGUUGAAGAGUCAGAAGCUACAUCAGAGGAAGACGAGACUGCGGCCGAGCGACGAGUCAGACUUGCACAACGAUACUUGGAUAAUAUCAGGCAAGAAAUAGAUGAAACUGGAUUUGACGCCGAAGACCUUGACAGGGACUUGAUUGCACAACGGCUGAAAGAGGACGUUGACGAAGCAAAGGGCAGACAGUAUCGGCUGAUUGCCCAGAAUCUGGAUUUUGCGAACGCUAGUCACACGGCAUUUCGUGCGGACACGGAAUCGACCACUGGCGUGGCAGUUUGUCAACCUUACGCGUACACUGUGAGCAAGGACAAGACAUUGAUAAAAUGGCAACUUCAACAACCGAACACCUCGAAUGGGCAAAAAUCAACCCCUUCACACCGACGCCGGCCAAAACAGCUGGCGUAUGUUCGAGGCAUCAGAAUCAGGGCAUUGGCACCUCAACAGCAUGGCCAUACCGCGCGGAUUCUUUCUGUCGCAGCCUCGCCGGAUGGGAAGUUUGUGGCCACGGGAGGAGCGGACAAGAAGCUUAUAAUUUGGUCAGCAGAAGACCUGCGGCCCUUGAAGACGUUUACUACGCACAGGGACGGAGUUACGGGGCUUGAAUUUGCACCAAAUUCGGCUAGUCGAAGCGGCUUUGGUCAACAACUGUUCAGUGCAAGCAUGGACCGGUCUCUGAAAACCUACAGCUUGGCUGGUGAGGAUAGUCUUGCCUAUGUGGAGACACUCUUCGGCCAUCAAGACCACAUUGUCGACGUCUCGGCCGUGUCUGUGGAUCAGUGCGUCACGGUUGGCGCUCGAGAUCGGAAAGCCCUAUGGUGGAAGGUUGUGGACGAGUCUCUCACUAAAUUUCUGGGCGACAGUUCCAAAAACGAUCAAUACCAGGCUGGAAGUCUGGAUUGCGUGGCUGCUUUGCCGCCGCAGAACUUUGUGACCGGUUCUGAUGCAGGCACCAUCAGCCUCUGGAGCAUUCAUAAAAAAAAAGCUGUAUUCACCGUUCAGACCGCACAUGGUGUUGAAGAGCCGCCUCCAUUCGAAGAGGUGACCUCCGAAUUAGAUCCCAAGGUUAUCGAGGCAUUAAAAAAGGAUGAUCGGCGAAGACCAAUACCCCGGGGCAUUACUGCUCUGGCGGCUCUGCCUGGAACUGAUGUGAUUUUGAGUGGGAGUUGGGAUGGUUGGAUUCGUGCAUGGAAACUGAGUGAUGACAAAAGAAUGCUUUUGCCUCUCGGAACUGUGGGAAUGGCCGAUUCGGAAACGCAAAAUGGCGUCGUGAAUGGGGAGGCAGACCACGGGAAUGGGCUUGUGAAUGGGGAGGUUGACACGGCCGAGCAUGGGAUGACUGCAUCAGCACACGCACAUCCGGGUCCAGUGCGUGGCUUUGUCAAUUCUUUGGCAGUAUUUGAGCGAAGAAAAGUCGUCACCCACGAAUUUGGAGGCAAGAAGGAAGGCGAGUGUCAAGGUCUGUGCAUCGUGGCUGGAACUGGCAAGGAGAUGAGGUUGGGGCGGUGGAGGAAAUUGCGCGAAGGGCGGAAUGGUGCGUUAGUGUUCGAAGUGCCGUUGAAGAUGAAGUCGAAACAAGAGUAGGGAGAUCAGUAGGGAAUAGUAGAUAGCUUCCAACAGCCAAAUCCAGGGCCUCGUCCCUCUCAACGAGGCUGUGAAUCGACAAGGCUGUGUGGCACGUGAUGGUGUCUUGGCACGGGCCACGCUACAAAUUCUU